AUGGAGCAAUACGGCGGAUACGAUGGCAUGGACACGGAUGACAGCGGACCAAAAGUGACCAUUCGCGAAACGACACCCACAACCAUCAAGUUCGCGCUGAGCAACACCAACCUCGCCCUCGCCAACUCGCUGCGUCGCGUGAUGCUCGCCGAGAUUCCCACAAUUGCCAUUGACCUGGUCGAGAUCGAGGCCAACACCUCGGUGCUGGCCGACGAGUUCAUUGCACACCGCCUCGGCCUGAUUCCACUGUCGACAAAAGGCGUMGAGGAACUGCUCUACUCCGCCGAUUGCCCGAAUUGUGAGGAGUUUUGCGAACACUGCUCCGUCAUCCUACGCCUCAGUGCUUCGAACAGAAACAGCGACCAGAAUCUCAAAGUCUUUGCGCGCGAUCUCUUUGUGGAAGCAACCGGCAACAAUGCACACCUGUACAACGCCCGCAAUGGAGCCGGUGCCUCCGCUGACGAACUGCCACCACGCGGCGCCCCCAUCCUCAUGGAUACCAAGGGACAGGGGGCUCUGAUUUGUCAACUACGACGUGGGCAGGAGAUCCGCAUGAAGUGCAUUGCGAAGAAGGGCAUUGCAAAGGAACACGCAAAGUGGGCGCCAACUGCCGCGAUUGCAUUCGAAUACGAUCCAUGGAACAAGCUACGGCAUACCACUCUUUGGUAUGAAACGGACGCAAAGGCUGAGUGGCCUGCGCCAGCAAAGAACGGGACAUGGGAGGAGGAGCCACAAGAAGGGGAUAAGUUCGACUACGACGCGGAGCCCAACACAUUCUACAUCGAGCUCGAGGGAACCGGAGUCAUGUCACCGGACAACAUCCUUCACUCGGGGAUCAGAGUGUUGCAAGCGAAAUUGGCGGGUAUUAUUCGCGAUCUGGAUGCAGGCGCGGAGGGUGCGAAUGCUGGCGGAGACUUUGGAGGAGGCUUCAGUCCUCCAGUAGAUCCCAUGGCGAAUGGUGCAGGAACUGCAUAUGGCGGGCAGRGUGCAUAUGGUGGAGGUUUGACUCAAUAUGGUGGACAAACCCCUGGUCUCGGCAACCAGACCGUCUAUGGUCAGGCGACGCCUUACGGGCAGCACGGCGGAGGACGUGGCUACUAA